GAGAGCGAGACUUUAUUCAAGAUGGCGGCGCCCAGCGAGUGAUCGUUUUCGCUAGGGUAACUUGUUUACUGUUUCAGCUGGCUCGGGGACAUAGUGAGAUAUCAAAUUUUGCGGGAUGGCAGCCCCCAGCAAAAGUGGACUUGACAAAAACAAUAAAUAUGACAGGCAGCUCAGAUUGUGGGGUGACCAUGGUCAGGCUGCUCUGGAGUCAGCUCGAGUUUGUCUCCUCAAUGUGACGGCAACAGGGACGGAGAUACUGAAGAAUCUCAUCCUCCCUGGCGUGGGCUCCUUCACCAUUGUCGAUGGCAAUAAAGUUAGUGGAGAAGAUGUUGGCAACAACUUCUUCUUAUCUAAAGACAGUCUGGGAAGGAGCCUGGCUAAAGUUGCUACAGAAUUUCUGGCUGAGUUGAAUGAUGAUGUCAGUGGAGAUUUUUUGGAGGAGAGUGCUGAAAAUCUUCUCCAGAGCAACCCUGAUUUCUUCACCACCUUCAGCAUAGUUAUUGCUACCAACCUGUCUGAGAGGACUCUGCUUCUGCUAGAUGAGCUGCUGUGGGAGAAGGGUGUGCCACUGCUUGUGUGUCGCUGUUACGGAUUCAUCGGUGAAAUGAGACUGGUGGUUAAAGAGCACACCGUGAUCGAAUCACAUCCAGAUAGUGCUCAUAAUGACCUCCGAUUGGACAACCCUUUCUCUGGACUUCGCCAAUACUGUGAUAGUCUUGAUCUUGCAAAUAUGACGAAAAAGGAACAUUCCCAUACACCCUGGCUGGUAAUCCUGUACAAGUUCCUGCAAACGUGGAAAGAAGAACAUGAUGGACAAGUGCCCCAAAACUACAAGGAGAAGAACCAGUUGAAAGUCUUGAUAAGACAAGGUACCAUGAAGAAGGAAGACGAUGCUCAUGAGGAAGAGGAGAACUUUGAGGAGGCCGUGCAGCAUCUCAACUCUGCACUUGUACCUACUUCAAUCCCAUCAGAAGUCCUGAAAAUAUUUGAAGAUUCAGCAUGCUGUCAGUUGAAUUCCGAGAGUAAGCCGUUCUGGAUCCUCGCCAAGGCUGUGAAAGACUUUGUACAAAUCCAUGGUUCUCUUCCCCUGAGAGGAACCAUCCCCGAUAUGACAGCUGAUUCCGAGCGCUACAUCCAGCUGCAGAACGUGUACCGUGAACAAGCAGGACAGGACGUGGAGGACGUGAUGCAGCAUGUCCAGAGAUUGCUGCAGGAGAUAGGGAAGGGACCAAACACCAUCGCAGAGAAGGAUGUUAGGUUAUUUUGUAAAAAUGCAUCUUUUCUGCGGGUUGUCCGAUGUCGAAGUUUAGCAGAAGAGUACAACUCUGCCACGGCAAACAUUGCGGAAUUAGGAAUGUGUUUGGAAGAUGAAGAGGGAGAUGAUGUGAUUUUCUACAUCCUUCUGCGCGGAGUAGACAAGUUUUAUGAAGAAUUCAACCGUUAUCCUGGCUGGUACAAUGAUCAAGUUGAAUCUGACAUCAUUAAACUAAAGGCCUGCAUAGUCAAGUUACUUCAUGACUGGGGACUACCACCAACUGUCAAGGAUGAUUUUGUCCAUGAAAUUUGUCGCUAUGGGGCAGCAGAGCUUCACUCAGUGGCAGCCAUGAUGGGUGGUGUUGCGGCCCAAGAGGUCAUCAAAAUCAUCACUGGUCAGUUUGUCCCUAUCAACAACACCUUCAUCUAUAAUGCAAUGAAGCAAACAUCCAAGACUGUCCAACUAUAAGUGUUGAGGACGAUGGACCUUGUAAAAUUUGCUGCCACUACUACAACAGUUACAUGUGGGGUGUACCCACAAAGGUGUAUCCAGAAAUCGGUAGAGGCAAAACUAAAGUGUUAAAUCCAUUAUUAAGCACACAAGAUCAAUGAACAAUCAACAAAUUAUAUUGAAGACUUUCUUUAGAACGCACGUUUCUAACAAAUCAUGUUAAAUGUACAUUAUACAUGUUUAUAUGCUUAAUUAGCAGAACUGCAUUUGUGCACAGAUACAAUAAAUUUUACAAAUUUCC